AUGGCCUUGCCUCAGGGAUUCUAUAGGCAGGGGGAGUCCCAGGUUUGUAGGCUACUCAAGUCCCUUUAUGGCCUCAAACAUGCAUCAAGGCAGUGGAAUAUCAAGUUGACUGAUGCACUGAUAGGUGAAGGAUACUUGCAAAGUGCCUAUAAUCAUUCCCUAUUCACAAAGAAGACAGAUGCAGACUUGGUAAUCAUCCUUGUGUAUGUGGAUGAUUUACUAAUUACUGGCAGCAACACUACAUUGGUGGAAGAGGCAAAGGCAACCCUACACAAGCAUUUCAAGCUGAAAGAUUUAGGUGAGCUAAGAUACUUCCUAGGAAUUGAGCUCAUGAGAUCAGACAAGGGAAUUGUGCUUAAUCAAAGGAAGUAUGCACUUCAACUAAUCUCAGAAGUGGGGUUGAGUGAAGUUAAAGGAGAUGAAGAGCUGCAGGGCAUUGUAAGCUAUCAAAAACUAAUAGGGAAACUGAUCUACCUCACCAUUACAAGACCAGAUAUUUGUUUUGCUGUUCAAGUUUUGAGCCAGUUUAUGCAGAAUCCAAAACAAUCACAUUUGGAUGCUGCAUUGAGAGUAGUUAGAUACAUAAAGGGAUCACCAGGAAUGGGAUUGCUGUUAAAGAAAGGAGCAAUAGAAGAAAUCACAGCUUAUUGUGAUGCAGAUUGGGCAGCUUGCCCAAAUACAAGAAGGAGUUCUGCUGAAGCAGAAUAUAGAAGUAUGGCAGUAGUAACUUCAGAGUUGGUCUGGCUAGUGGGCUUACUGAAGGAGCUGGGAUUGACUGUAAAGGAGCCAGUGAUGUUGCACUGUGAUAGCAAUGCAGCUAUGCAAAUUGCAGUCAAUCCAGUCUACCAUGAGAGAACAAAACAUAUAGAGAUUGACUGCCAAUUUUGUGAGAGAAAAAAUCAAAGAGGGAUUGAUUGA